AUGAAUCAAACACCUACACCAGAAAGCUUCACUAAAGAAUUUACUGAAGAAUUCAUUGAAGAGUUUUGCAAUGACACUGAAGACAAUCGUCAAGUCGAGCUCUUUCGUAAAAUUUAUGGUCAGAGUUCAACAUCUACGCCUCGAAAAUUUAUUUACAGAGAUCGUGAAGCAGGUCAUCAACGUCUGGUGAAUGAUUAUUUUUCACCUAAUCCAGUCUAUCCAGAAAAUAUAUUUCGACGAAGAUUCCGUAUGGGAAGACAUGUCUUUCUGCAUAUUGUGGAUGCUGUGACAAAUUUUGAUCCAUACUUUCAACAAAGGCUUGAUGCAGCGGGAAGAAAAGGUUUAUCACCUUUACAAAAAUGCACUGCGGCAAUGCGUAUGUUGUCAUACGGUGUAUCUGCUGACGCUGUUGAUGAUUACGUCCGUAUUGGAGAAAGUACCGCAGUUGAAUGCUUGAAAAAAUUCGUCUCCAAUGUAAUCACGAUAUUUGAAGGUGAAUACUUACGAAAGCCGAACUCAAAUGACAUGCAACGCCUAUUACAGAUGGGUGAGGCUCGUGGUUUUCCUGGUAUGAUGGGAAGUAUUGAUUGCAUGCACUGGCAAUGGAAAAAUUGUCCAAAAGCAUGGAAGGGGAUGUUCAUGAGUGGUCACAAAGGAGUUGCAUCAUCUGAUCUAUGGAUCUGGCAUGCAUUUAUUGGAGUUGCUGGGUCUAAUAAUGACAUAAAUGUGUUAGAUCGAUCACCAGUAUUUGAUGAUGUGCUACAAGGUCGUGCUCCAGAGGUAAAUUUCACUAUCAAUGGAAACAAUUAUAAUAUGGGAUAUUACUUGACCGAUGGAAUAUAUCCUGAAUGGUCAACAUUUGUUAAAACAAUACCACGUCCACAAAGUGAGAAAAGAAAAUUAUUUUCAAAAUAUCAAGAAAGUCAGCGAAAAGACGUUGAACGAGCGUUUGGUGUGUUACAGUCCCGUUUCGCAAUUGUACGUGGUCCGGCACGCUUUUGGGACAGAGCAGAUCUUGGGAGAAUCAUGAGAGCGUGCAUCAUAAUACAUAAUAUGAUUGUUGAAGACGAGAGGCACACAUAUGCCACUCAAUUUGGUCCACUACCAACUUAUGAUGCUGCAACAAACGGCUUACCGGAACCCAACCUAGGUGAAGAACCUUUUGUCCCGUAUGAAACAUAUAUUCAAAAUAGUAUGCAAAUGCGGGAUAAACGGAUACAUCGUCAGCUACAAAAUGAUUUGGUUGAGCAUAUCUUUCAGUUUCAUAAUAAUCGUGAAUUUUUUUUAUUGUAA